GCGAUCUUGGAUCUUGAGAGCCACGAUGGCAGCGAUGAAAUAGGGAAGACCCGCCAUGAAGAAGAAGCUUUUGUAGGGAAUUACCGGCGUGCCGUCGUCGUGCACUUUCUACCGUUGAGAGGGAGAAAAAGAGAGGAAAACAAGCAUGAGGAGGAGAGAGAGGAUUGUGGCUACGACGGUACCCGCCGUUUUGGCGGCCAUGGCGAGACUCUGACCUUGACCUUCGUCAUCGGUUUCUUUGACGACACGCUCGACCACGAGAGUGUCCACCAUGAGCUGCGCUCCGCAUUCCGCAGACGCGAGAAUGACUCCCAUCACUACAGCACUUGUAUAGCUUCGGGCGAGCAAGCCGUAGAGACAAAACGAAAUGGUCACACAGAUCGAGUAGAACACAAAGUAGGGAACACGACGAUGAUGAAGCAUGGGAAGAGAAUCAGAAAUGUAACCAAACACAAGCUAGUGAUGAAAAAGGAGCGGUACUCACACCUUAAAACUCCAAGGCAAAUAGGUAAUCGAAUAAUAUUCAUUCAUCUGCUCGUAUGUGCAACCCUAUUCAUAAGCAACCGUCCAGACGCUCGGUACAAUGUCGCGCGUGAGCAUCAGCGAUACCGCACUCCAUGGCAAACCCUGACCAAUCUGGAUGAGAAAAUACAACAGAAAGAUCCGUGGCUCGAUAGAGCUUGUCCAAAACAUAUCGAUGGGGUUCUUGAUUGACAUUUCCGACGCCUUCUCUUUGAAUCAACGAAUAAUGAGAAUCUGAGGAAUAAGAGAAACCGUCCAAUCAGCAGAACCGCCACCUAUUACAAUCAUUGUUUUGUACAUGUAGAUCGUAUGAGUCUACUCAUUUCUACAUUAUGUGCAAUGUUAAAUGAAUAUUGGAGCUGGACUCUCAUGAUGAAGAUAAAUCCUUUGGAGUAUAGCUCGAAUGGUUGUAUAUAUGUCGUAAGAAUGAAGGGAGAGUGAAAUUAUGCAAAUUUAGGAUGUGUUUAUACCUUUUCGUGUCAUGGUGAUAAAAGUGGUAGAGAUGAAUAAAACUCUUAAUAGACUUGCGAACCAGAAGAAUGAAAUCGUUUACGAUCUUACAAAAAAGGAUCGAACAGCGAUUUGUGUAAAAAACACAUAUUGUAAACAGCAUAUGAUGCUUAAUAUCGAUCGAUUUCAAGAUAGGGAUUGUAUUUUCCAAUAAAAGAAAAUAGGAUACUGUAUUAAAAGAUCAAAAAGUACCACAAACAAUUCGAACAACACGAAUGGACUCUAGCAUGCACAAUGAAGAAAAAUAAUCAUAUUACCAAUCAUAAAUUCUCGCCUAAUUCCUAUUGUCAAGCAAACACUCGUAAUAGUGUCAAACGAAGUUAUCAAACCCUUCGUGAAGAAUUCAAAUAUUUGACAGUAUUGAAUUUGCGGAGAGACGGUUCAACCCAUCUCUCCUGUCGAAAAGUACUACAGUCGUGGGUCAAGUCAUCCGAAAGAUAUAAAUUCGUAUUUUUAGGAGAUGCUGGAACAGGAAAAACAUCGAUUAUCACAAGGUUCAUCUAUGACAGUUUUGACCCAACAUACCAAUCCACGAUUGGGAUCGACUUUCUGUCGAAAACAAUCCUUUACAACAACCGUCCUAUUCGCAUGCAGCUAUGGGACACAGCAGGACAGGAAAGAUUCCAAAGCUUGAUUCCAAGCUACAUUCGCGACUCCUCAGUAGCUGUCAUCGUGUAUGAUAUUUCAAGUCGCAGCUCCUUUGACAAUGUGAUGAAAUGGGUGAGGGAUGUGAGGGAUCAACGCGAUGAAGUCAUUCUGGUAAUUGUGGGCAAUAAAACGGACUUGAGUGACAGCCGAGCAGUAACGAUUGAAGAAGGACAAAAAUUGGCGGAAGAUAACAAUGCCAUGUUCUUUGAGUCCUCCGCAAAAUGUAAUUAUAACAUAGACACGGUAUUCAGAAAGGUGGUAGAGAAGCUCCCGGGAGAGGGGCGACAAGUGGAGUUGGAGGAAAGUCAAAAAUGUAAUUUGGUUAUAUUAACGCUUUCUAAGGGUCUUAGAUAUCCGAGUGAAUGUCGAGCCAAACAACGGGCUCUCCAAAGGAGAUUAUUCAACUUGUCUCUGUUCAGAUCCUUGUUCCAACAAACAACAAACAGUAAAUAUUAUAGAAAUAGAAUAAGAAUAUUUCUGUAA